AUGAUCGCAAGAUUUGUCCGACGGCGUAAAAUGCAGGGUUUAACCGAUGUUGCUGAUUUUCAGAAAGCUUUUCCCGGUUUUGGAGAGGCUGUUUUCAAGAGGAUCAAAAUGGCUAAUGAAAAACACCGACUUCAUGGAGCAAAAGCUGGAGGAGCCCAGCAUGCUUUGGAGGCAGGUGGAAGAAAAUUGUCACAGGCUACCUCAGCGAUAAAACGCUAUCCACGUCUACCUCAACUUCCUUUGAGAGCUCCAGGCAUAGUUCGACCCACCCAUGCUUCUGUAACAAAGUUGAGGAUGUUCAAAUAUACCCAACGACAUGGGGCACGAGGUUUGUUUCGGCAACCGCCAUCAUCAGCGCCUCCGCAAAAACCUAGCGCGGUAAGUUCUUAUAUGUUCCGCAUAGCCGAUAUCGUGUACUUCAAGUAUUUUCAGCCAUUGCCUGAACCUCCUCAGCAGCAGCAUGUUGGAACACCACAAAUUACACAGCAGCAUCCGAAUGUUGUUCCACAAGCAGUAAGCAUAAUUUUUUCUAAGAGCUUUGUCUACCCCACUUUAAAGGCAGCGUCCAGGCAAAUCUGGACAUAUGGAGGACCUUACGUGAAAAGUGAUCUUAGGACCCUAAGACACUGUCCAAACGGCAGCUCAGAUGUGCACUCACCGCCGAGAUAUUCGCCUCCAAACUGAGC